AUGCUGCCGAAUAAUGAGGUUCGAGUGCCCCCGAGGGUUGUGCCGUCCACUCUUCGGCGCGACAUCACGGCCGAAUUCACGGAGGCCGCCUCGAAAUUACGGAUGGGUCAGCUCGUGAAAGAUGAGACAUUCACCCUCUUCGAAGCCGUGGGCGCAUUGGAGAUUAUGGACUCCAAGAUGGACAGCGGUUAUAUUGCCCCAGGCGAAAAUCAAGCGCAGGCGCUAGAGGAUGAUUACGAUGUGCGACGAGCAUUGACACCAGAGGAGGUGGUGGGGUUAAUGGAUCAGCUGCUGUGCCACGAAAUGGCAUGGCAUAUGGGCCAUCCUCUGUCACAAACUCUCUUCACAUCCAUUUACCUCGACAAAUUAUUGUGGCCAGUACCGAAGUCUAUGCAGGACGCCCGCUUUGAUCGCGUGCCAAGUGAAUCGCCUCUCGUUAGCAUUGUGCUUCGAGCAUAUUGUCUUGCAAUGGUCAAAGCUUGCGACUUUGUUCAUGCUCGGGUGGCAGUCGAAUAUUACUACGAGGAGGAGGACUUUGUCACCCAAUUGUACAAUCGUAACCUGUUAUCUGUCUUUGACGGAUCACACUUUUACCGCCUGCUGGACCAGGCGGUUGCGUGGGUAGAUGCACAGGAUGACAUUGAUAAAAAGCUUAAGGAUGCUAUUCGAAGCAGACUACUGUUGCGGCAUGAAUUCCUUUCUGCUUUGGAUCAGGACCUCGAAAUCCUGGCAACUCGGUCAACAGACAAUUUCAUGGCAUGCUUGUCGUAUCUCGAUGAACUAAAAGAGUCGCACUCGCUUGGCCAAGCUGUGCCGGAAGCCUUUAGCCUGAAAAUUCAACGGAAGCUCGCGAGCACUGUUCCCCCACGUCCCAUUGUGCAUAUCAGUCAUGAAGACGCCCUUGCUCAUUUAAAGCGGCUCUGCCAGGAUGCUAUCGAUAUGCAGCAGAUGCUCGACUAUCGGGGUCCAACAAACUUCAAGACUUCUAUAUGGACUCUUAUGUCGCGGAAGCCUCAGCCGUCAGUUUAUAUUCGCUGCCUCAUUCAGGCGUUGAUCGUUAGCGACAUGACGAUCCUGGGCGCCGUUUCAGUCAAAACGUUCCUUUUCGAUGAUCUUGCAGAGCUGGUGCUGCCCUGUAGUAUUCUUCUUGAGGCAAAUACAGAUGACGUGGAACUCCCAUCCGACCCUCGCUUCCAAAUCGCCCGACAAAUGGACGGUUUUGUGAAACGAUUUGCACAGCCUUUCGUUGACUCGGUGCGAUGUGCUUGCCUGAACCGAUGUCGUGUUCGUCGAACCGUUUGUCAUACUGUCGUGGACUGGGACAGUUUACAGAUGGAGGCCGAGGAACUUGAUUUGCAGCUUCAAGGCCUCAGCGGAGAGCCCCCACUGCAGAUGGGGGGUGGAGAGCCAACUUAUUCAUACCCGCUUAGCAGCUGGGCGUAUCACCAGAAAUUAAAUCAGCUUCAGCUCAUUCUUCAAAUGGGAUUCGAGCUUUCGAUCUAUGCACCGGAGGAACUACCGGGGAUAUACUGGUAUUUGUCACACAUAUGCUCCACGCACCUCGGUCAUCUUGAUCGCAUUCGAACGUUCACCGUUGCUGCCCGAAAACGAGAUCUAACAUCGACAACUAAUCGGGCGAGCGCCACCCGGAGAGCUUCCGCAUUCCACAGGUCAUUCCGAUGCCUGGAGAGAUUGACGACACAUCUCAUCGCGGUAGAUGCCUUUGCAAUUGCCCUUCACGCUCUAUACGUUCUACUGGCGCGACACAAGGUGCUCCCAUCUGCCUCGGGCCCUCAAGCAUACUCGACGGAUAGAUUGCGCUAUGAAAUUCGCAUGAAGCCUUUCCUUCCUAUCUCUUUGCCUGAGUUGGUUCCUUUUGACGAAUUCCGGCGCGAAGCGACUCUAGAAGGUGAUACAGAUGCUACGAUUUUGGAUCGCGCCUCGAAGGCGAUCACUGAAGCUCGGAAGGCUUGGGAAGCAAUGCUGACUCUUGGCGCAUUUGUCGAGGAUCCGUCCCUAAGCAUAACUCCAACCACCGCCAUUGAGGCAGAUUGGCAACGUAAUAUUAAAGACACGAUGCGUGCCUGUAUCGGAGCUAGCAUUGCCAUUGAGACAGUCAAGAAAGCUCUUUCGGGCGGCAAACAGUCGGAGUUGCAGGUGAACAUCCCCGAGAUCGGGACUAAAAGCCGAUGGCAUGACUGGUGGAGCGUGCCGCAGGUUGUCCAGAAAUCGGAAUGA